GGUGGCACAUUAAUGGAGCGCCUCUACAGGGGUCUUUUCUGCUCAUGUCACUACAUAAAACUAUCAGAUGGUUAGAGGAAGGCCAUGGAGGCAUCCACUUAGCUCGUCUUAUCCGGGACGCCAAAUGAAAUCUAUUCAGCUCCGCUAGCGGGACAAUCUGACUUACUUUUGGCAGAGAGACUUUCAGCAGCCGUCGCUCCAUAAAUGCGCACCGCCCGGCCGGCCGCACACCGCACAGGCGCUCAAACCCCUUCCGUUUGACGCACAACGCCAACUCCAGCAUUGUCGAUAUUGAAACUUUCCUCGCUGGGUGUUUUUUUAAAAUUAUUUUUCUUCAUGAAGAGUGGCAAGCUUUCGUCAAGGAAUUAAGGGAGACUACACUUUUUUUGAAUUGCUUUUUUUUUAUUCCCUGAAAGAUAUCCAGGAUGCCUCGUCCAGGGAGAAACACGUACAGCGACCAGAAGCCACCUUACUCCUACAUCUCCCUCACUGCCAUGGCGAUCCAGAGCUGCCCCGAGAAGAUGCUGCCUCUCAGUGAAAUCUACAAGUUCAUCAUGGAUAGAUUCCCUUACUACAGAGAAAACACCCAGCGGUGGCAGAACUCGCUGCGACACAACCUGUCAUUCAACGACUGUUUCAUCAAAAUCCCCCGGCGCCCGGAUCAGCCGGGCAAGGGCAGUUUCUGGGCUCUGCACCCGAGCUGCGGGGACAUGUUCGAGAACGGGAGUUUCUUGAGACGACGCAAACGGUUCAAGCUGCUGACUUCGAGCGAUCACCUGGCGCCGAGCAAGCAGUCGGACGCCGCCCAUUACCUGCAGCAGCAAGCCAAGCUGAGGCUGAGCGCCCUGGCGGCCGGCGGCACGCACCUGCCCCAGAUGUCCUCGUACAACCUCGGGGUGUCUCAGUCGUCCACUUUCAAGCACCCGUUCGCCAUCGAGAACAUCAUCGCCAGAGAGUACAAGGUGCCGGGGAGCCUGGCGUUCUCCACCAUGCAGUCCAUGUCCGCCGGGUACCCGCUGCACAACCAGCUGACGACCGCCUGGCCGCACAUGUACAACACCGGCAUGAUCGACACGGCGGCCCCUAUCUCCAUGGCGGGCGGCGAGUACGGCGCGUACGGCGUGCCCCUCAAGUCGCUGUGCCACGGCGGACAGUCGUUGCCGGCCAUCCCCGUGCCGAUCAAGCCCACGCCGACUUCCAUGGCGGGGUUCUCGGCGUUACCGCCGCACAUUCCCGCGUUUCUCUCGAACUCGCCGCAGUCGCUGAGCCCGACGUCCCCGCAGACGGCGACGAGCCAAAGCAGCCCCGCGACCCCGAGCGAGACUCUGACGAGCCCCCCCGGCUUGCAGUCCGUGGCUGUGCACUGACCACAUGAACUUUUUUUUUCCUCAUGCAAACGAACCUUUUUAUCAAUCCCAAAGUUUAUAUUUUCUGUCGUCGGAAACUAUCAAGGCGAGUUGCAGUUGCAUAUCGAAUUAUUUGUGUGUGUGUGUGUGCGCGCGCGUGUGUGUGUGUGUGUCGAAAGUGUCGCUUUAUAUCGUGUCAUAGAAGUCCAGCGCAGAAUCGCACAGCGAAGUAUUGCUCUUGAAAAUAUAAAUUAUUUGAUAGCUCUAUUUUUCGGUUUGUUUUGAAACGUGAGUGGGGGGGGGGG